GAUGUUGUGUCGAAUCUGCGCCGCGGGACACACAGAUGAUGAUGACGUCAAGCUCUGAACAUCGGCUCAAAGUUUCGCAUCCGGUUGAACUAUAUAUUAUUAGCCACAUAAAGCGUUUCCUAUCCUUUAUUUUAAACUGUCAGGCACUGGACCGACCUCAAGAUCUCAUUACGGAUGUGUCUUAUUAAGGGUUCGUGUUUUCAUGACAUUAUAAUACUCACAGACGGACGUCAACAAAGUCGCAGGUUGAAACUCAAAUCUUGGGGCUCCUGUUAACCCAUCCAGCUGGUGUGGGACGUGUGUUGUCCCCCUCUUCUUCUGCGAGAUGGGCAGUCAUUUCCGCAGCUACAUCUGGGAUCCGAUCCUCAUCAUCUCUCAGAUUGUUCUCAUGCAGUGCAUCUACUACAGCUUCUUGGGUCUGUGGUUGGCUGGUGUUGAUGGUUUGGUCCAUACCAGUAGAUCACUUGACCAAAUAUUCAGUUAUGAGGUUCUUGGCUUUUCAACAACACAAGGCCGCUUGUCUAUGAUGGCAUUCAUUCUGAAUUCUCUCACAUGUGCUUUUGGCCUGUGGUUUUUCAUCCGACGGGGAAAGCAGUGCCUGGACUUCACCGUAACAGUGCAUUUCUUUCACAUGAUCGGGUGCUGGAUCUAUAACGCCCACAUCCCAGCCGCCCUGUCAUGGUGGUUGGUCAACGUGGCCUGCAUGGCCCUCAUGGCAGUCAUUGGCGAGUACUUGUGCAUGCGGACAGAGCUCAGAGCAAUUCCUGUCAACACGGCACCCAAAUCCAACUUAUGAGCACUGUUUAGAGACAGAUGUGCCACAGCUGGAGUGAAUGAAGUCGGUGUAUCGGCAGGGCUGGUGUGUUGACUAAUGCCGCUGUGGUUUUCCAGGAAGAUGAGCGGAAGGGACUUGGUUUUCUGGUGAUGUAUUGGUCACGUCACUGUAUUUAAUCCGGAUGACAUUGAGAUGUGCUGCAUAUGUCAGAUGGGUUUUCAAGCUGCAUCAUGUGAGGAUAAUGACUUCCUGGAACUUCCCGCAAGAAUUCGCAUCAUUUCAAAGGGACUAUUGUAAUUAGUAUAUUUAGUAAUUAUUUAGGAUCAACAGUUUUCAUCAUUCACAGAUGGCUACUGAAAAUAUGAAAGUGGUGUGUGUUCUAACAGCGCAGAAAUUAUCAUGUCUUAUGUGUAAGUCUUUAUCUAAAAUAAAAUGCAAUGUAAUUCUGAAUACUUGGAUAAUGGUUCCUAAUCCUUUGGAAAGAAAUAAGUGGUUUUCAUGUUUUAUCAAGUCACCGUUUUACAGUUACCAAUGGCAGAGUUAUGUGCAAGUUUAUUAAACAAGUUUAUUAACAUGAAAUCAAAAUGGACCCAUUUACUUUCUUGAUAGACAUUCCUUUUGGUACUGAGCAUGUUGUUCCAAUGGACAAAGUUAAAUGUGGAUGCCUGCUUUUUUUCAUUUAAUAUCCUAUUUCACUUGGAAAUGUCACAUUAAAGGAUUAGUUCACUUUCAAAUUGAAAUUUCCUGAUAAUUUACUCACCCCCAUGUCAUCAGGAAUUAUCAGGAAAUUUAAAUUUGAACGUGAACUAAUCCUUUAAGGAAGUUAAAUGGGUCUCAAAUGCUGUUUAAUGUUUACUUUAAUUUAUUUUGUACUCCAUUUCAACCCACAUGUGUGUCUGCUACAAUCAGUAUCUCUUUCAAAAUUUGUUUGCGAUGAUUAAUGGCAUCAAGCAUGCUUUUGUAAAAGCAAAUCAGAUCAACCAGAUAUUUUACAUAUACUGUUGCAACAUCCUGUUUCUCAAGCACUUUCAGGUACAGGUUUAUUACUGACUACUACAAUAGAAAGGCUAAAUAUGAACUGUCAUGCUUCAGGCUCAAAAUAGAUAAGAUGGUAGAAUUGAAAAAAAGGUGUUACAACCUGUUAGACAUUGUACUGUGUAAUAGGCAUUUUGUCAGUGGUUUUGCUUUUGGUGGAACUUUGUAGAUUUGAAUGAAUGAACAACAUAAAACAUUUAAGUUGAACUGCUUAAAGCUGCACAAGUAAACAUCUCAUGGCAGCUGCAUGUUGCGAAAUACUCGUUGCUUUCAGAUGUUAUAGUUUUCUCAAUUGUUUUGUCAGAAUAAAACUAUAUUCUGCAGUGUC